CCUCCGAUCGAUGUUCUCGGUACUCCCGGUCUUCUGACUUCGCAAGAUGGCGGCGCCCUCUCACUGAGCACGGAAGUCGCGGUGGCGGCUGAAAGUAUCGUGGGGCGAUGCUGCGAGGACUGGCGACGGCGGUGCUGCGCCGGUGGAGCGCGACGACGGCGAGGACAGCGGCAAUGAUCCCCAGUAGGAGUCCCCUUCUUCAAACAGCAAGGAGUUAUGCCAGGGCUGUUCGGAAAAGGAAGACAGAAAUCCCCAGCCAUUUGGAUGACCUUCCUCCUACGUUGUUGAUGAAAAAAUAUACCAACGUCCCAAUUAUCGACAAGGUAGAUGAUGUUGUGAAAAGAAUCCUGUCACUGGAAAUGGCAAGCCAGAGGGAGAAAGUGAAAAUAAAGAAAGAGCAGCUGGCUGAAAAAGUGCGGAGGUCACCCACUGAUAAUGGUUCUAUUGAAGUUCAAAUUGCUCACUUGACGGCCAAGAUCCGUACACUCCGGGAGCAUGUACAGACACACCCCAAGGACAAAACAAACAAACGCAUAAUGCUGAUGAGCAUUGACCGGCGGAACCUGUUGCUGAAGGCCCUGCGCAACACAAAGUAUGAUGUUUUUGAGAAUACAUGCAAGCAGCUGGACAUUGAAUACACCCUUCCAGAACAGUACCGCCGGAGGCGCACCCGACGCUGGUUGGUAAAGAAAGCCUUCUGCAUAAAGGUCUUUCAAGAGGUACAGAAGAUGAAAGCCCCUAAGAGACUGAAGCAGAGGCAAGAGCGGGCCAGAGCUGCAAAGGAACGAGCACUGAAAGAACAGAAUGAAGGAACUCCAGUAUAAGCAGAGCUUAUACUUUUCUGUGGGAUCCUGACAAUGAUUACCAAUAAAUGGUUUUACUGCAA